ACUGUGCUUUCUCACUGUGCGCGCUCGCUGCAGUGCGGAGAAAAUGUGAGGGCAGGCAGCAGUGCAGGACGAUCGGCCAGGAUGUAAAUAUCAUUAGCAAAAUCUGAUGUUCCAUAUCGACUGUUUUAUGCGAAGGUUCGGGUGGAUGUGCUACAGUACAGUAGGCUAUGAAUCAACUAGGCUAUGCUACUACAGUGACAGUUUAAGCUUCCAGUAAUGCUAAACACAAGCUUCAUGGAAAGGAUUCGCUGUCAUAGGCUAGUCACUGUGAUGUAGACAUCGGACGGUAGGCUACUGGCAAAUGAUCGAAAACAUGCUUGUCGUUCAGGUGCAUGAUGACAAUUCAUCAUUUUGUAGACGUGUUGGUUAUGAUAGGCUUUGUGCAUAUGUUUUUUUUUACCUCGCAGUUGUGAAAACAGCUAUAGUGUCAAACAGUUUAUAGUUGGGAGGAAUUCUUCACUUGUGAAAUCUCCCCUGUAUAAUUAUAACCCACUGAAUUUAUAUUAAUGCUAAAAUGUCAGUGAGAUGCUUGCCAGUUUCCCCUCGGUACCUCUGCAGUUUUGCGCUACCAAAGAUCCUUUUGUAGACUCUGCGCCCCCGCACAGUCCCCAAUGAAGGUUACAAAAAGGAAACGAAAAGGAGCACAGCGCUUUAUCAUCCUUUGGGCGAGGUAAAUGGCAGGGGGCCGCAGGCAGCAGUGCCCAUCUCUAGCCGGCCAAUGCAGUGUGUAGGGCCUGCUGUCCAGGGCGACGUCAACAUGAACGGGGUGGGGGAGCAGGUGGACAUCCUGCCACCAAACUGCAUGGUGAAGGAGCGCUGGAAAGUGCUCAAGAAGAUAGGGGGAGGUGGUUUUGGGGAAAUCUAUGAAGCACUAGACUUGCUGACCAGGGAAAAUGUGGCACUGAAGGUGGAGUCGGCCCAGCAACCCAAACAAGUGCUCAAGAUGGAGGUGGCUGUUCUGAAGAAACUCCAGGGGAAAAACCAUGUCUGCAAAUUUAUCGGAUGUGGACGAAACGAGAAGUUCAACUACGUGGUUAUGCAACUGCAGGGGAGGAACUUAGCUGAUCUGAGGCGCAGCCAGCCUCGGGGGACCUUCUCCAUGAGCACCACGCUCCGCCUGGGCAAACAGAUCCUGGAGUCCAUAGAGGCCAUUCACUCAGUGGGCUUCCUGCACAGGGACAUUAAGCCUUCCAACUUUGCCAUGGGCCGGCUGCCAUCGACAUAUAGGAAAUGUUACAUGCUAGACUUUGGCCUGGCGAGGCAGUACACCAACACCAGCGGAGAGGUGCGGCCGCCAAGAACGGUGGCAGGAUUCCGGGGGACAGUCCGAUAUGCGUCUGUCAAUGCUCAUAAAAACAAAGAGAUGGGUCGGCAUGACGAUUUGUGGUCCCUGUUUUAUAUGCUGGUGGAGUUCACUGUUGGUCAGUUACCAUGGCGAAAAAUUAAGGAUAAGGAGCAGGUGGGUCAGAUUAAGGAACGCUACGAGCACAAGAUGCUGCUGAAGCACAUGCCGUCGGAGUUCUACAUCUUCUUGGACCACGUGUUGGGGCUAGACUACUAUACCAAACCAGAUUACCAGUUGCUGAUGUCAGUGUUUGAUAUGAGCAUGAAGGACAGGACCAUUACUGAGAACGAGUCGUAUGAUUGGGAGAAAGCAGGGACAGAGCCUAUGCUGUCAACCAGCACGCCUGCCCCACCCCAACAAAACACCAGACCGACUGCUGCAGUGGCAGGAGUGGUCAACAUAACGCCGGUUCCUGGGGAGCAGCAGCGAGAGAACACAGAUGAUGUCCUGCAGGAUGAGCACCUAAGUGACCAGGAGAACGCCCCGCCCGCCCCAGCACCCAGCAGGCCGAGCGACGCCGCCCAUCCCCCACCCGAGGGAGAGGCCUGGGACGACACAGACUUCAACCGCAACAAACUCAGGAUCAGCAUCAGCAAGACACAGGUGGCUUUGGAGGAGGAGGGUCAAGCAGGAGGGACGGGCUCUGCCGAGGCGAAAGCUCUGGAAUCUCCCAGCGGACAGGCGCGUGCCCUCAGGUUCCGCCGUGUCAACAGCCCCGAGUCUGACCGACUCUCUGGUGCAGAUGGCCGUGCAGAUGCCUAUGACAGACGGUCUCGCAUGGACAUCCUGUGCUCCCCGUCCCGGCUGGUCUACUCCUCGCAGCCAGCCCAGAUGCUCUCGCUGGACGCGGGGCAGGGCGAGCGGCAGGCCAGUGGGCGGCAAGACGCCUCGGUGGACGCCGACCAGGAGGCCCACAGCAAUGCCUUCAUCCACUCGGUGCCGCUGGCCGAGGAGGAGGACUUUGACAGCCGCGAGUGGGUCAUCAUCGACAAGGAGAUGGAGCUGCGCGACUUCCUGCCGGGUGCCGAGCCCACCACCUCGGGCACCACGGACGAGGAGCCCGAGGAGCUGCGUCCGCUGGAGGACCACGAGGGCCGGCGGAGGUGCCACGACGGUGUGGUGCGGCCCAAGACCCACUCUGCUGAGCGGACGCGCUGCAUGAUGGCUCUCAACAACGGGGAGGGAGCGGGGCCCAGCCCCGCCCACUCGCCCUGUCACUCACUGCCUCACACGUGCCCCCGGAGGAGAGAAUCCGAACCGUUUGGUCCUCACAGACAGGACAUCCAAGAGGCACAUCCUGAGGUCCCGCCCCCCCAGACGAGGCCGAAGCGAGUGGACUUCCUGUCAGGGGUGCUGAUGUUCGACGUGCCUCGGGAGGAGGGCCGAGAGGGCCCGGGCUCUGGCAGCGAGGGCAGUCCAAAGAGCAGCGAGGGGAGCCCGGAGAACGCCGCAUCCACCCUGAUGGCCCCCGCGCACAACAAGGAGCACGACCAGGAGGACGCUUCACGCACCCUGGUGCUGGCCUCUCCGGCCAACGGCCUGGCCUCCCCCGGCAACGGCCUGGUCUCCCCCGGCGACGGGCAGGGCACGUUCACCGCACUGACGCCACAGAGUGAGCGGCCGCCACCACAGCCGGACGAGGCCGAACCCGGAACGCUGCCGUUCACCAUCAUCAGGUCCGAGCCCCGGCCCAUCAUCGCCAUGCCGACCGUCAGCAUGGUGUCCAGUUCAGGAGGCACGUCCUCGCCGCCGUUCACCAAGGUGGAGCGCACCUUCAUCCACAUCGCCGAGACGUCGCACCUGAACGUCAUGACGGCCAGACAGCAGCACCCCAGCUCCCACGAGGAGGCAGCGCCGGAGCCCAGCCAAUCAGAGAGCGCCAAAGAAGAGGAGGACGAGGAUGAGGAGGGGAGAGAGGAGAUGAAGGGUGAGAGCGAAGGCGAGGAGGAGGAGAGCAAAAGUGAAGAAGUCUUGCAAGAGGAAGAGAAGGAUAGAGAGGAUGAGGAUGAGGAGGAGGAGGAGAAAGAAGAAAACAUCAAGAGCGAGACUGAGGAAGAGGAGAAAUUAGAGGAGGAUAGAGAUGAAGAAAGCCCACAGAGUGAGGAAGAGGAAGACAGAGUUGAUGACUCAGAAAAACAUGAAGAUAUUCCGUGUGAUGCAGUGAUCCUAGAGGAGGAAGCGUCAGAGAAAGGAGUGAAAAAGAGUGAGAAGGAGGGAGCGAGCGAGAGCGACAAAAGUGCUGAGAGCAAGGAAGAAUGCAGAGAGAGCAUCUCGGCUUCGCAGGAGGCAGAACAUGAGCACAUGCCUGAGGCAGCUGUCCAAUCAGAAGCUUCCAUUCGAAAUGCAAAAGAAGCCGUUGUGCAGAACAUUCUAGAAGCCGGUGGGGAAACUGAUUUAGAGGCAGCGCCGUGUGUUCAGCAGGAAGAGGAUGCUGAUCAGGAAAAGGUGUGUGAAGUCCUCGCUGCUGAUGCAGAGACAGGGGAGGAGAUGAAGGAAGAGGCGGGCCUGGAGGGUGAAACACCACCUGUGAUUGGUGCUGAGACAAAAGGGGAGGAGCUUGAGACCAACGCUCCAACCAGCCGUCAGCGCCGGAGUCGGAUUCCGGUGCCCGUGUCAGAGGAGGAGAGCGGCUCGGACCGGUCGAUUCCGAGGGGCCCCGGCUCCCCGCACCACCUGAAGACCAGACGCCCCCACCUGGCUCGGCUGGUCCUGGAGCGCCGACAGAGCAGCCACAGACCGCCCGGUGUGCCCUCCUCCCCGAGCCGGUCCACCACGGCCUCCGAGGACGACACACACCAGUCGGACGAGUCCGUGAGGGAGAGGGGCAGGCCACGGGCGGCGGAGGGCCAGAAGAGGAGCAGGAUCCCCAGGCUGGUGACGCCGGUCAGGAAACCCCCGUCGGCCCCAGUGACCACUCCCGCUGCACCCCUACACCCCCAGACAACAAAAGCAACCUCCUCUCUGCGCAGGCUUCGGAAGGCAUCCAGCAUGGGCUCCUCGUCGCCCAGGUCCCAGCCCUGUCCCUCUGCGGCUCCACAGAGCCGUCCCCUCUCUACGGCAGGCCCCACCCUGCUCCGCGGGAACCGCAGCGGAACCUCAGCGGGACCCCCCGGGCCCCGGGCUCCCCGUCGGCCGCGCGCAGCAUGAGCACCUCCCCGCGUAGUUACUCCACCUCCCGCACCGACAGCCCCUCCCCUCAGCACCACAGACGCCCGCCGGCCGCCGGCGAGAGGAGGAGGCAGCCUGCAGCGCCCGUGCGCCCCACCUCC